AUGACAUACAUACAUGCGUAUGUACAUACUUACAUAGGCAUGUAUGUAAGUGAAAUAUUUUCGAAGCCAAUAACAACGGUACUUUGCAUUUUAUAUUAUUUCUAUUCGAUUAAGAAAUUACAAAAUGCUUCUUGUUUUUUAGUUUUAGUUCAGCAAGGAGUGAGUGCAGAUAAAAGUGCUAGUAAUAAUUUGAUGAUCUAUUUUAUAUACUAUAUUUAUUACUUGAAUUAAUUUCGGUUAUUACAUCGCCGCUAAUUAUUUAAAACAAUUAAAUAAUGGACCAGACAAUAAAUAUGUGUGAACCGUGUAUUGAAACGAUGUAAUUAUUUAAAAUGUGGGACUUAAGUGACGAUGUGUGUACUCUUUUAAAAGCUCAUGGAAUCACUACAUUCCUAAUUUUGAAAAAAAAUGGAAAUUGAAGAUGUAUUAACGCUUUUCAAUAAAUUUGAUACGAAUUUCUUUGGCGAAAUGUUUAAGUUCAAGGCGGGGCUUAAAGAAUGGCGAAAUAGUAUGAAAAUGCCACUUCUCUGCGACAGGGAGACGUUAUCGGAUAACAGUCGAAUUAUAGAUUGGCUGGAGAAAAUUUCAUCAAACUUGAGUGUUUCUAGAGAAUCUACACCCUCCGCUCAGUUGCCACCAGUCUCCUCAAUAAACAAAACUAGGCUUAUCAACCUUUUAAAAAGCACAGUAAAGGGACAGAUGGUGUUAACAUACAACGAAAAAUAUGGAUAUCUGGAUGCANCUUGCAACCAGAAAGAAAAACCGGAAACAUACUAUAUAGCUCGGAAACACAACAAGAAAAACCCUACAGGCAAAUUAUUUUCACGCUGGACAAAUGUAAAUAAAGCUGGUUUCACAUCAAAAACUGUUUCAGAGGAGUUAGAGCCAAUUGUAUUAAUUUCCACUGAUGAAUAUUGCGAAAGAAAGUGUUGGCUACAUAACAGCUGCAGUCCAUGGGAGCAGGUUGUAAUGUAUUGGAAAGAGACAUCGCAGACUAGAGUUGCAGAAAUAAGGAAAACCGCUUCCUUAAAUGCCAUUUUUACGGAAUGGCCACGGUAUAAUGACUACAGUGGUUAUGAUCUCGUAAGUAUCUGUUACUAUAUUAUAUUAUAUUAUGUUACACUAUAUUGUAUUAUAUUAUAUAGUAUUAUUGAGGGAUUCACAACGGUGUCGUAAGUGUCGUAUUGUUAUAUGUCGUAAAUUUUAAAGGCUUAAAUAAAUGUCCAAAG